CACGGGAACACCUCGCGGAAGCUGCAGAAAGAGAGGGACCGAGGGGAAGAGAGAGAGAGAAGAGAGGGGGAUACAGAAAGAAAAAGAGGGGAUGCUGUUGAUCCAUUCCACCGCAGGGAGUCUUAUUGUGAUUUUCUAGCGACCUGAGUAAGUCUUCUUUAACUGGAAUUUAGGACUACUUCUGCGGCAGAGAGGGAAGGACAAGGUGUCCGACAUUUUUCUUUUGGAAAAGCUUCUAAAAUAGUCCUUCCGUUUUUUUUUUUACCUCUUAUUUUCUUUGCAUCCCUCCCUUCUCCUCCUCCCCCUCCUCUUCCUCCUCCAUCUCUUCGUCCUCUUCUUUAAAGAGGCCCGCGAGCUGCCGCACGCGCUGCAGGGUGCCUUCCACCGCCUCUUAUUUUGUUUUUUAUUUUUUGACUGCUCGCGAGCCUUUGCCCGCGAGCGCAGAGAACCCGAGGCACCCCCCGGAGGGAGCUGUCCGGUGCUGAAGUUGCAUUUUCACCUUCUUCUGCACGAGGACUAAACGCGGGGAGACAGAAGACAGCCGGAGAGACUGAAACAGAAAAGAAAUCAACUAUUUUACCGGAUCAAUUCACAGCUCCUCCAAAAUCUGAAGACAACCCUCCUGUGGUUCGCCUGUCUUGUUGGCGUGUAACGGGCGAAUCACCACGCUGGCCAGGCCGUCGGCGAUCGGCUGUGUUUGUCAGUGUGUGUCGUUGUGUUCGUGACAGUGUGUGUCGGUGUCGCACCACCAUGCCAAGGUCUUUCCUGGUGAAAAAGGUGAAACUGGAUGAUUUCUCCACCGGGGCGGAUUUGGAGAACGUCUACCGGCACAGGACAGACCUCAGCCUGCGGCUCCAUGACAAAGCUGGUUACAUCAGUGACUACAUCAGCCCUGUUGUGUAUGAUGGUGAGAGUGACAGUGGGAUCAAGGUGCCAUCCCCUGACCCCCUCUACGAUGGUAUCCACAGCGACUAUGGGGCUCCUGACUCCGAGUCCCCUGACAGUCCUGGCUCAGAAAUCACUGACGGUUACAUCAAUGGAGAUGCAGCAGUGAGUGAGGGCUACACAGUUGAUGCCUUCUUCAUCACCGACGGCCGCUCGAGGAGGAAAGCUAUCAGCAGCCCCAGGACCAUCCAGAGGCACACCUGCAACGAGUGCGGCAAAACCUACGCCACGUCUUCCAAUCUGAGCCGGCACAAACAGACACAUCGCUCGCUGGACAGCAAGCUGGCAAAGAAAUGUCCAACCUGCGGGAAGGUGUACGUGUCCAUGCCUGCCAUGGCCAUGCACCUGCUCACUCACGACCUCAAGCACAAAUGCGAUGUGUGUGGGAAAGCGUUCAGUCGACCGUGGCUUUUGCAGGGCCACAUGCGCUCUCACACGGGCGAGAAGCCGUUCGGAUGCGCCCACUGUGGGAAGGCCUUCGCAGACCGCUCGAACCUGCGCGCUCACAUGCAGACCCACUCGGCCUUCAAACACUUCAAGUGUAAACGCUGCAACAAGACCUUCGCGCUCAAGAGUUACCUGAACAAGCACUACGAGUCCGCCUGCUUCAAAGGCCCCUUCUCUCCUCUAGGCCCCCUAGAUGCAUGACCCCUUGCAGAGAUAAAACAACAGACAAAUCUGCAGACGUAAAUUACCAUCAUCCUUACAAACUGAACUGCAGACACAAACAAUCUAUUUUUGGUCAGAAUAUGACCUUGCCCCCCCACUUCCCCCCACCUUUGCUUUUCCUUGGAGCCUAUUCAUGAUGAUGAAGAUGAUGAAGAUAGCACAAUUUUUCUCCUUGAGAUUUGCCCACUUAAGGAUUUAACUGAUCUACGCAUGCACUUCCUCAAAAAUUGUUCACCUCCUGUUCCUCUGUCUGCUCUGGAUAGAGACAAUAAUACUAACACAGCUUCCUUCUGGCAUCUAGAUACAGUAUGGCAUCGUAUAUUUUCGGACACUGAUGGUGAUGAGGAUGAUGACAAAGACAAUAGUAAGCCUAUAGCUACUGGGUUCCUCCCUGCACCGAAAUGCAGUGAAAGAGUUUUUCCUUCUCAUUUUGUUUUUUGGGGGAAUAAUAGUAAUAAUAACAGUAAUAAUAAUGAUAAUAAUAAUGUUUUGCUGCACCAAGUGACCCUAUUCUCUCCACUACUGAGGUAAAAAUACAAUUUAUUUAUUUUAUUAUUUGAGCAUUUUCCCUUUUUUAUUUGAUGUAUGUUUAUACUUGAUUUGAUAACAAUGAAGUGAUACAGUUAACUUAUUUGUUGCACUUUAAUUUCUGUAUAUGUAUGUAGGAUAUUUGCCAACCUCUUUCUAUCACUACAGGCCAAAGCAUAUGUCACUUUUUUGAGUAUGAUUUUUUAUUAUGUUGUUUACCUUUUUUUUCUAUUAACGUUAUUGCAUGCAAAAAAAUUAUGAAAUCUAUGCCAACAUCAUAAAAAGCUUAUGAUUUUGCCAAAAUCCUAUAGAUAGAACCUGAGGGCAAUAUUUUUCUCUUGGAGCCUCCAUAGACUCUUUAAAAGCAAUAAUCACUAAUGCAUGGUAUUUUAUGAUGAAGUUAUGAAGUAUUACCUACUACUGUAUAGCAGUUUAAAAAUCAGGUAUGUUUUACUUCACCUAUAGUCAUAAACAGAAAAAUACUAAUAUUACAGACAUCAGGGAACAUGCCAAUGUAGUGUUAGAGUAACAAAAAUAAAAGUCCUGUCUUUCCUCUCUUGUUAUGCACUGCCUGCCUCUUAGUGAGUAGAACUAAUGUAGGAUGUAGGCUAGAGAGGCUGGGAUCAGCUGCCUGCUGGGUGUGAGGACUAUUGUAGGAUAACUAUAACCCUGACAGACCUGUGCUAGGCUAACUCACCCAAAAUAAGCUUGCUAACAAUAACCAGGAGAGGCCUAAUUUUGGAUCUAACAUUGGAUCAUUAGCCAUUCAUGAGAGUUCAAUGUUUUAUUAAAGUUCGGGGAUGUUAAAAUGGCACUUGGAUGUGUUGAAAACAUCUUCCCUGAGUCAUGCAGUCAAGAAAUGUAAGAGCAGGCUUUUACAGACCUUUUAAGAGGCCCAUCUAAACUCUGUCCUGAUACAAAUAAACAAUAAAAUAAGGUCAAUACAGCAAUCAGAUCGUUUGCAAUGUGAUGUGCCAAUAUGAUAGUUAGCUUACAUGGUAUUUAGCAACUCUCAUAUAUUUUCAAUAGAAAACCAAGUCAAAGUUUGGUGCAUUGUUGAAAUUGGACCCAGGUCAACUUUAAAUCCAAUGCAUUAUUCAACUACCCCUCCAGUGCACUUCCAAACCAUAAAGCGUGUAUUCUUAAAACACAGAAAAAGCAUGCACUUUAGCUGGAUGGUCUGACAGCAUCUUAACCGUUACAGUCCAGUAGAUACAUUAGACCGAGUCCUGAUUAUUCUGCAGUAGGCCCCAUUUAACCCUACUGGGCCGACCAUGGGCUAUCUCUAUGAGUGAUAUACCUACAGACAGGCUAUCUCUAAUCAACCCCAACCCGUAGACGGUUUAACCUUUGAGCUAGGUGGCCAAUACCAGUGUUGCUGAACCCAGUUCUCUGCAGCUCAGAAACCUUUUCUACAGAUUCAUGGAGCUUGCUGAGAGACAGACUGAGCACACACAGACCUGCACAAAAAGUUAAGUUCUUGUCUAUAAUAUGCCAUAUGUAUUCCUUGUAACCUUGCAUAGACAUACGUGCACAAGUGCAUGGGUGCAUGCCCCCACAUAGAGCAUCUGUGUCUACAGUCAAUCGUUCAACAACUGAAAAGAAAUGAGUUUAGUAUUCAGAUGUGGAUCUCUGACAAAGGAAGUUUUGAUAAAUGCAGUGCUUCUUCAGGCAUGAAAUAACUCUGUUAAAGAUGGGGUUGACUGAUUUACAACACCAUUUAAGGUCAUAGGGACAAAAGGAGAGUCUGCACUGAUACGUGGACCCAUUAUCUAAUUUCAUAUACAUCUCAGAGAUAAAGUUAUAGGACCUGUUUGACAUCAAAGGCUGUCAAAGGCGGUUAGACCUGAAAAUGUUCUGAAGUCAAAAAGUCAACAUUUUGUAAUAAUAGUCUUCUAUUGUAGGAGACAAUACUAUCUUUAAGUCUUUUACAAAGCAGUUUUUUGGGGAAAAAUGUAGCUCACAAGUCAAUAAGAAAGAGCCAUUUUUUGGUUGUGAGUGAAGCAAUCAGUAUGUGAGUCAGCAAAUUACAGGUCUUAUCUCUCUCCUUGAUGUGUGAACUAGAUCUGAGCUGCAAUUAUCUGAAUUGUAUCAGACGAUUAGUCAUAGAGCUCCAACUUGUUAUGGCUUACAUUUUUGUCUUUGUCUUCUGUGUUUUUUAAGUCUUGGUCAAAAUACUCCACAGCAACCAUAUAUACAAUGUAGGUCCAGACAUUAAAUUAGGUGCAUAAACACAGGGAGUUCACAAACACAAACAAGCACAAGUAUAGAAAAGAGACCAUAUAUGCAAAGAAAACAAAAGUAUUAAAUUCAUAUUUCUUAAUACAGCUCAGCGACAUAGGUCCAAUAAAUAAGAAUAUGCUAUUAUUUUAACCACCCACUCUGAAAUCUUACUUCAGAUUUCCAUCUGAAUGAGAACGAAAACACAAUUUCUACUGUAGCAACUGAUCACAGUGUGACAGGUACAAAGUUGAGAGUAGAGAGGAUCUGGCUGCGAUGUCUGCAGUUGUUGUUUAAGACCCACAAAUUGUAACAUUGUGGAAUAAAACUCUUUGCAACUCUGCACUGCAUAUUAAAGGUCUUAAGGGUA